AUCUAAUCACGUGACAAGUCCAGCGUUUGUUUUGGUUGUACAGUUGAGUUGUCGCGAAACCGCGACCGCGCCCUUUAAUUUGAUAAGUCGUCAUUUUAUUUAACUUUAUUCUCGGAGAAGUCGUGGAUAUGAUGAAUUUCAGCAAAAUGUCGUUCCUUUCAGUGAUUGGAGUGCUUCUUGCCCUUGUAAAAUAUUCAGAAGCUACAUCAGAGAUGUCGGCCAUCGUCGCACUCAGCAUCUUCAUCACCAUUCCUGCCCUCUUCCUUCUGACCUGCUGUACGGCUCUCAUCUGCGUCUGCCACUACCGCAACAAGAUCCCCAUCUUCAAGUCCUUCGUCGGCAAGGCCAAGACAGGGGCUGGCAUUCAUGGCAAGAGCUACGGGUCCUCGGCACCGCCCCCCAACGCACCAGGCGCCCCCAUGCCACCUCCAGCUGCCCCUGGAAUCGCUGCCCCUGGAAUCCCAAGUGCCCCUCCUUCAAACCCAGACCCCCCUCCUGGAGAAAAACCACCAGGGUCUUACGAGAUGAAGGUGCCAGUGGAAAUAGACGAAGUGGUGAUACCGAUCAAGAAAGAGUAGGGUUAUAGAUUUUACCGAACAUAACAUCGUCUGACAGUCAAUGUCCUACAUACAAGAUCGCUGGCUUAGAAAUGGGGAUGAUUUGAAAAUCAUUUUCAGGGCAUUUUAUUAAGUGGAAUCAAUUGUGUGCUGAGCUUGAGAUUGUAAUGUAUGGCAGAUAUUAUAAACCACCAAGAGUCCAAGACUUGAUAAAACUUUCUUGCUGCAUGUACUUAAUUAUGGGGCUGGGGGAGCAAAUGCAUUCCGACUACAAGGCUGUGAAUUUUGGCUGAUAAAUUUGGCCUAGGUAGAAAUGAUAUGAUGGCAACUACACAAUGUAUGUACUUUCAUAAAAUUAACUUAAAUGCAAUCUCAAUAGCCUUUGCGUCACCCAUUGAAAUGUGUGAACAUCAAAAUCCAAGCACUAACAUGGCAAGACAUAUUUGCCACUCUCAACCACAGUGUAAAUGGGUACCUGAUAUACCAGAGUGCUACAGAUUUUACUGCAAGCUUUGACCUGGGUAAUAAUGCUCAAGCGCCAUGGUGUGACGGACAAACAUUUGCGCUCUAUAAGAGGCCACGAUUAUUAUUAUCAUUAAUUUCACUAAUUUAAUACAUUCUCACAUAGACCAUUUUUAUUUUUCACCGUUUAUGUUGAUAUAUGAUCAGCUAUUGAGUUUUGUUUGAUUUUGCAAGGCUUUGUUUUUCAUCAGAAGUCAAGAUUUUCUUUUACACAUGGUAAAGUGGGCAAUUAUGAUACGAUAGAUGACUAAAUGUUAUGCCGUGAUGAAGAAAUAUCAACUGAAAAUGGUAGUGAAUGAUCUUGAGGCACCAAUCUAUGAAUGCCCUUUGAGGUCAUGUGAAAUUUAGUAUGGUAUUCUACAGUGUAUACUGAGUUGACUGUUAAUAACAAAGAUCAAAUAUUAGAGAUGCAAGAUUUAUGCACUAUUUGACAAUGCAAUAUCUUUGAGCAAGAGGAUUCAAACACAUGGAGUCAUAACAAACGGGUUUGCUUUUGAAGUAGCUUUGAUACCGCCACAACAAAUACAUACAAAUAUGCAGUCUCAGAAACAUACUUCCAAAUGGGGAAACAAUCACAUUCCUUUUUUAUUGCAUAACCAUGUGAUAUGUAUACAUUUGGAGAUAUUUUGUCGUAAUGAUAUUUAUUUUUUUCAAAAUAUAACUUGGGAGAAUAUGCAUGUGAAUGGAAAAACAAACAGAUGUAGUGCCCAAAAUAAAAGAAUUGUGAUGACUAUUUCUUGACUCCAUACAUGUGCCUAUUACUUUGAUUGGGUUUAUUUCAGAUAGCCUUCUUUUGUGAUAGUAAUGUAUGCAAUUUUAAAAUCAAAAUAAUGGUGUUAAAGUUGCUGUUAAACAGGCAUGUACACUUGUGACACUUUCAAGGCUAUAUCUCAAGAAAUUGUUCAUGUUGAUUCAUAUUUAUUUGUGUAUGUAUGUUUUUAUAUGAAUAUAUCAUUCAAUUGUAUUUUCUUUACGCUAGGUAAUGUCAAAUUGUUCAAGAGUUUUAGUGCUUUUGUAUGCUGAUUGUAUUCAGCCAGAAGCAUUUUAGAAAAGAUAGAGAGGCUGAAAAUGCUGAAGGUUUUUUUUUUACAAGCUACACCAACUUCCAAGUUUUAGUCUUUAAUAAUAUAAAAGACAUUGGAAAAUAGUAUCUUGCCCUUACAGCAUUUCAAGUAUAUUUUCAUACCACCUUUUUUACUGAGAUGACA